AUGUAUUCCAAGGAAUUCUUUGCCUCGGUCACAGUCGCCGCGGCGCUCCUCAAGGGCGCCUCUGCUUCGCCUCUUGAUGAGACUAGCAAGCUGAUGGCCCGCGCUGCUCAGGAUAACAAGAUUGCUCUCACACCCACCGCGCUGGAUAUUGGCUCUGGCAAGGAGCUCAAGCUUUCUCAGCAGGAGAACUACUUUUGGCAUCACCCUGAAGAGGGUGUCAUGGCCAACAUGACCAUUGCCCCCCACCCGGAGUUCCGCAUGCUCAACUCCAACAACUUUGGCAAGCUGGUCAAGACGACUGAUUGUUCCAACGAGAACAACAUCAAAGUCACCUUUGGCGAUGUUCAGUCUAUGAAGGAUGCUGAAAACGCCUGGGCGUGGGUUCACAAGGACCCCAAGAACGUUGUCAUUUAUGUUCUGGAUGGCAAGGACUGUGGUGGAAAGAAUGGCCGCCAGCCAUACUACAUCAAGGAUAUCAAGUAUGAUGAGAACGCCAAGACUGCUGACAUGGAGUCUUCUAUCGCUCGCUGGCCUGAGUUUGCCGACGACGCCCAAAUCACUAUCAACACCAUUGCCAAGGCCCCUGGCGCCCCCAAUGCCCCUGCUAAGCGUGGAAUUUUCGAUGAUAUUGGAAACGCGUUUAAAUCAGGCGCCCAGAAAGUUGGCGACGCUUUUACUGGCGUAGGCAAACAGGCUGAGGACGCUGCCAAGAAGGCCGCCGAUAAGGUCAAGGAGGAAGCUGAAAAGGCUAAGAAGUUGGCUGAAGAUGAGGCAAACAAAGUCAAGGAUGCAGCUACAAAGCUCGGCAAGAUUGACAAGAACUUUAAUAUCGCUCUUAACAAGGAGGUGGAAAAGAACAGGAACAUCUUGAAGGCUGACGUCAAGGGUGUCAACCUGCAGAUUGACUGCGUUGACUGCCACACCAAGGGCAGCUUGGACGUGGACAUGACCAUCUCCCUCAAGGACGGCUUCGUUGGCCACGCUGUUGUCAAGGACGAUGUCGUUUUCCAUCUUGGUCUUGGCUUGACUGCCUCUGGUGCUGUCAAGGGUGGUGCUCCUGUCCUGGAAAAGUCCAUCCGUCUCUUCACAGCUGGUCUUCCUGGCUUCACCAUCCCCAACGUUCUCGAGGUCGGGCCUACCUUCAACAUUGACGCCCAGGCCAGCAUCCAGUCCAUCACCGGCACUGUUCACGCCGAGGCUGGCGCCGAGAUGGUGAUUCCCAAGGGCAACAAGAUUGCCAUCCACUCCAACGACAAGACUGAGGUCAAGCCCACCUUUGCCCUGACCCCCGCCAGCAUCACCGCUGAGAUUGACAUGGUUAGCCGUGUCAACCCUCUCUUCACCCUCAACAUUGGUGCCACCUUCUUGAAGAAGGGUGUCGUUGGUGGUGUUGGUGUCGCUGCUCCUACUGUCGACCUCACCACUGGUAUUGCUGCCUCCACCAAGGGAGACGCGUGCCCCAACGAGGCCGCCAAGGUCGCUGCCAAGCUUGCUGUCGAUAUCGGUGUCCAGGUUGAGGUCUAUGGUGGCUUCACUGGCGGUGACCCUACCCCUAACAAGAAGGUUGUCUUUGAGAAGCAAAAGAACCUGCUCACUAAGUGCAUUCCCAUCAAGAAGUAAGCACACUCAGAGUCGACGAGAACACGGUCAGGGUCCACAGGUCUGCCUGCAAACCUUCUGACGAAAAGAAGAAAACACGUCUUUCUAUUGGAGUUAUCGGGAAUAAUCCAUCAGGAUGGAUAUUAGCAUGUUUGGAGUUUGUUUUCACGAGUC